AUGCUGGCUGGGUACAGCCUCCUGCCACCCCCUGUGAGCCUCCUGACACCCCUGGUCUCCCCACCCUACGAGGUGCCGCUGGGGCUCCCCGCGGAGCCAGGCCGGGCGAAGGCGGCGGCAGCGCGGGAGAGCACCGGGGCACUGAAGGCCUGGCUGGCUCGGCACCCCAGGAACCCCUACCCCAGCAAGGGGGAGAAGGUGAUGCUGGCCGUGGUCAGCCGGAUGAGCCUCACCCAGGUCUCCACCUGGUUCGCCAACGCCCGCCGGCGCCUCAAGAAGGAGAACAAGGCGGGCUGGGCUGUGCGCGGCGCCUCGGACGGCGAGGACAGCGAGGGCGAGGGGGGCCCACCAGCUACCGAACCCAUUCCCAGCUCCAGCCCCCUGCAGGAUGGGUGUGGGGGCAGCCCCGAAGUAGGGCCAAGCCCUGGGCAGGGCAAGCAGCCCCAGAAACCCAAGAUCUGGAGUGUGGAGGCGAUGCUGGCAUCUCCCCCCGACAAGGACGGGUGCCCGCCGGGGGUGCCAGUGGUGCUGGAGCAGGUGUAG